AAUCUAGCUGUAUUGCAGAGUGUGCAGGAAGCCGUGAACGGAAAAACCGAUGAGAUCAAGGCGAGAACUAGAUACCAGCACAGACAAUACCAGACCCAGCGGGACUAUAUAUUUUGACCUCUCUGUGUGUUAUAAACUAUUCCAGCGUGAACGUGGAAGGCUGCAUCUUGUUGGAUAUGACCUCGUUUGAUUCAUUCCCAGGAGGGAUCGAGCCCCCCGAGUCGGAUAAUCCGUUGCAGUGUCGGUAUUGCGGCAAAAUUUUCACGAGGUCCAAUUAUCGGAGGGAGCAUGAGCGGAUACAUACCGGAGAGAAACCAUACGAAUGUGGAUUCUGUGCACGACGCUUUAACAGCAAGGGAAGUUGUAACAAACACGAACAGAGUCACAUGAACCGAGAGAAGAAAUUGGCGGCACUGACAUGGAGACCAUUUACUUGUCAUAUCUGUCAACAAACCUUCAAGCACGAGAGUGUUCUCAAGAAGCAUAUCCUGUUUCACACAGGUCUGAAGAAAUAUCAAUGUGAAAUUUGUUUGAAGUUUUACUUCACCUCCUAUGAUCUAAGAGUUCAUGUCCGUUUUCACACGGGUGAAAAGCCGUACAAAUGCCGUAUGUGCAAUGUGUUUUUCACAACAGGUAGAAAACGGAAUCUUCAUGAGAAAUUUCACGUUCGGCAAGACACUCUACAAUGCAAGAAAUGCAAAACAAUUUUCCGAUCAGUCAACGCACUCAAACUGCACAAAUAUAAAAGUCAGUUACGACGAACCGGUUGUGCGGAACCGGAUGAUUCAUACGCUGUAAAUAACUCGGCUGUCAUUGAUGAUGGGAGUGAUGGUUCAGUCCAUACCACAUUAGAGCUUGAGGAAGGGGAUAGCAGGAUGGUCCAAGCUACUGGAAUAGAAAGCCAAGAUACCAGUGGCAAUGAUGACAGCAGUUGUUUAGUAGUCAAUGAAAACAUAGAUGACCAAGAUGAUAACUCAGUUGAGCUUGACAUAGAGGUGCUUGGCAACCACUACCGAAACGAAACUGCAGCAAAUGAGACAUUGCUUUCAAAUGGUCUCCCAUCGAUGAAGACUUCUCCAUCGAAAAACAUCCAGAAAAGGAGCCAGACACGGGUGGUAUUUCCAACAGGUCUAUUUAGAUCAACAGAUCAAGGAAUUGAGGUUAGCCAGCCAUUAUCACAAAGUAAUCGUACUACAAAACAGUCAAUUCCUAAAGGGAUCGACAGUAUCGACUCCAGUCGAGGAUUAAGUAUAUCUAGAUAUCAUGAUACCAGAUUUAUUUCUGAUGAUUCUACAGGAGGCAGUUACGUAGAGGAAAGGUCUUAUGAAUAUGAUGCUGAAGAGGUCAUGUCCAAAUCUGUCGAUUCCUGUGAACCUGGUAACAUCGAAACAGGUACUUGCAGACUAGGUGCAACCGGAUUUGGGUUAUCUACUAGUCCUAACGAUGGUCCUAAUAAUGUCAUCGCUGUCAAGACAGAAGUGACUGAUGAACCUCAAACAACGCAAGUGUUUACAUCAGCAUUGGGUGUUCUGAAUAUGGGUUCUACCGAAGAAAUUACAAGUCUAGCAAAGCAAAGAAUUCUGAACGAUCGAAGUUCUGAUUCUUCAUCCUUGCGGAUAAGUAAUGCAGCUAUUAGUCCUUUGCCUUUACCAAGAAUCACAAACGUUGCUGCUUUCAGAAAGGAGCCAAGUUCAUCUCCAUCUUCGUCCACGAUUGGCAAUGUGGUGCCUGUGUAUAAUUCAAUUACACCACAGCUUGUGAAAACGUCGGUUAUCUUCGACAGAACUCUUGACGAACCACGUUUGACCAGGCCAGAUACGCCUUCUACUUCAGAGCUUACAGUAGUAUCCACGUCUGUGAAGCACACACAGACUAAAAUGAUAGACGACGCCGAUCUCCUAUUUGCAGAAAUGGAGUCGGCAAGGAAGGUGUUCGAGUGUAAACACUGUAGCAUCAUCUUCCGGGAUUUCACUAUGUACCUUGUCCACAAGACACUUCACGUCGAUACCAGCCGUCCAUUUGUUUGCCACUUGUGUGGCAACGAGGCUAGAGACAAAGUAGAUUUUCACUCUCACCAUAUUUGGCACAUGAAGUGAAACAAAUUGAUAGUAAAAUAAGUUUGGUGUAGAAAGUAGCGUGGACCUUCGAUACGUUACCCAUACAUCUCACAAAUAUAAUGCUCUUUCUCUCAAAAUAUAAGUCUGCUGAUAUGUAACCCCACUUAUAUUGCAUUAAAAUUGAUUUCGCUUAACAAAUGUAAAUAUAGAUAUACAUUGUAUAUCCAGUAAGUUUUUUUUUAAGUUAUCAAAUAUGUAGAGCAUGCUAAUGUGUAGUCCUGAUCAACAUUUUGAUUCUUCCGCCAGUAUGAUCAGGACUGCAUUCUUGUAGGCCUGCCUAUGAUCCUUGCAUCGCAUAUAUACCAUUUUCUUCAAAGAGUCGGCCCUAUCAAUCCUUUCACCCCUAUGUAACUUAAGGUUGCUCCACACAUCGUCAUCAGCGUCCAUUUUCGUGACGUACUUCCG